AUGGCUCCCCAAUGGCUCGAAAAGUUCAUUGUGCGUGUUGACGCUACACCAGAGAUCUCUUCAGAGCCAAUUUUGACUUUUCAAUACAGCACGGAAGCUGAUCACGAACGAACCGUCAGUGUGGCUGGAGCAUCAACUCCUGCUUAUGUCAUUAAGCGUAAAGCUAAGCUUGGCGGUAUCUAUGGAGAUGAAUGCCAAGUAUUUACUACCGCUGACGGUGGACGACAAGUGGCUUCCAUCGACUUUCACACAUUCCCGCCAAGAAUCGAAAUUGACCUCCUUCAAGACGCGGCAGACGCCCGCAAAAUCAAGAUCAAAACCUACAAAACAAAACGGGAAUACGAAGCUCCAAGUGUUCUUGGGGUCCUGUAUUGGAAAGGCACAGGCAUGGUCGCUUAUGGAAAAGCCUCGUGGGAGCUUAGGAGCGAUGACGAUCUUGUUCUACAAGUGAGCGUGGACGACACGCAGAGCAACGGUAUUAUUAAGCUGUUCAAAGACAAGCUCAACGAUCAAAUAAUCGAAGAACUCUUAAUCGUUGGAAUGUCCCAGAUUGAGGAGUACAAGAGAACGAUAAGACUCGGCAAAACAAGUGCUGCUAUGCUUGUGUUGUAA